CAGUAGGAUUAUGACUCUACCGUAGCAGCUGGGUCUUGCUGCAGCUACUAGGCAGAGAACGAGUGACCGAAAUCACCGAGAUUAGAUCCGGGAGCUUCUUCAAACAAUUUUCUUCUUGUCAGCGUAAGGAAACUCCAUGACCAUGUUCUGAUAUACUUGAACGGUUUCUCCUUUCGCCUUUACCAAAUCUUGCGUGUGUAACGAGAAAACGGAAGUCUGAGGUCACGCCACAUACGGGACACCUGAUUUUGGAGGAGCUAAUUAGCAUGAAAUGACCAGAUGCCGCAUCGGAUAUCCUUCCUAGAUUGACCGUGAUAUGGAAUAUCAAGCAGACACAGCUCUAGCUAGAUUGAAAGGGAACUGGCGCUGACUGCUUUAUACAGCGUACAACUGAUCUAACAACCAGCGUGGAGAUACCACCUCAUGGCAUUGAUGCAAGUGUACAAACACAUUGCCCAGCUGUGUUUAGUAUAUCAAUCGUUGAAGUGCCCAGAUGGACGCUUGUAGCACUACGGAGAUAAGGAUUACUAAUUAACAAGACUUCUCAUCAAGAUAUCUAAUUGACGUGAUGAAGCAAUUAGUACCCUAGGUGUGCCUAUAUGUAUAUCCACAUCACUUGCCAACCUCAUUGUUUAGUUCUGUUCUUGUACGCAAAGGCUUUCAGAUUGAGGUGUUUAGUUACUUUGCUAUCUUGUAUUUCAAGUAGGCUUGGUGAAACCGGCCAUUGCCCAAUAGAAGUACUGUACGCUAGACUGAUGGAGAUGGUAUCCAAGGUGCUGUAUUUGAAUGCACUCUGCUUGCUCACUCUCCAAUUCCCAAGAACAUCAACAUCGAACCAACAGUAUCAAUCAGUUGGAUUCAUUGUUGACGUGGGAUCAGGAAUGACUCAUCGUCUCGCGCAACAACUAGAACAGGAGUUGAAGACCGCGCUCCAAGGAAAUAUGUCAAAUUUUUCGAGAUAUGCUCUAGCACUAGUUUCUCGUCAAGGUCAGAUGGUUAGAUGAUUUCUUAUACUAGUGCAGUGACGAAAGAGUAGAGAGUAACGACACGCUCAUUGUUCGUAUGUCUUUUGCACCUUGUACCUCAUUUAGCACAUUACUCAUUGCAUCUUGUGGCACGAUCGACGUACAUGGAUACCACUGGCAUCAUCGAAACAAUUACGCUCUCGAUUCCCGGUUUCUAACAUGAAUUACAUUUCUAGGUGCGCAUCAGUUUCUAAUAACCAGAUCAUCAGUAGAGCUCUUUUACAAUCUUGAUCUCCAAAACUACGUGAACACGAGGUUACACUGUAGGGAAGACGUUACGUCUGCUGUCUUGGAAGUCGCAAACGCUGUCAGCGGUCACACUCCUGCUGCACUGUUCGUCUUUACGGCUGGAAAUCUAGAGUGGAGCAGACGGGCUUCUUCUCAAGUCUUGACUCAUCUGUCUGACGUAGGAGUGCAGUUGACGGUCAUUGUACUAGACACACUCGAGCAGUCUGUAAGAGAAACCUACUGGUCGCACAACUUACACCAUUCCAACUUCAAUUCUCUUCUGCGCCUAAAAACGUCGGAAAUACACAUGCUCGGUAAAUUGCUAGAUACUCUCACCUCCAAAGUUCAGUCUCAUCUACUGCACACCGAAGAUUUGCCAAUGGGCAACAGUACAGUCGAACUCCGACUGAACAAUCAAUAUGAUUCGUUACUUCUGACGUCAGACGGUAGACUGGAUUCAGUUGCAGUGCAAACGGAAGACGGAGAGACUCUUGCAUUCCUUUCGGCCAUUAAUUUGAAAUACGGCUAUGUUGGAUCAAUAUCUCAAGAUUUGUCUCCUGGUCUUUACUUACUACAUAUCGUGACUAGUUCGAGUGCCAUUGUGACUGUGAGAAGUGAACGUCAGUUGCAGUCGCCAAGAUUUUGUGAGGAGCUUGAUGAUGUCUGCUUCAAAACAACCACUGCAUAUGUUAGUCCUGUAAAAGGAGCAUUUUAUUAUGUGAUCACAACAUCAGACAUCGUUUUUGAGAGAUAUCAAGUCAGUCUUGACUGCAAGAACUGCAUCUAUGACAUGGCAGGUGCUAUGCGUUCUCUACACACUGAAACACGUGUUCGGGUUCCAGUUUCACCAUUUCAUCUCGACAUUAUUGGAUCGUCUCCCACAGCAGAGCAAAUUACUCGCUACGAGAUCAGACCUGUGGACUUAGGUACUCCGAGGGCUCUUCAGCAGUCUUUCAUUAUUACAGUAACUGCGGGACAAGAGUUGCAGCUGAUUUGCGCGACGAGCAGUCCCGCCAACUUCAAUACAUACAGCUGGCGUUUCCCCACUACGCUCGAAUCUCAAGUUAGUAAUGAGAGGAAUGAACGAGUAGUUACUAUUUCUAAUGUAACAGUUCAGCACGAAGGAGACUAUCUUUGCAAGGUUGACAACUCAAAAGGAUAUGCAGAGCUCAUCUUUAGGGUCACUGUGCAAGGAAUACCAGUUAUUGCAGCGUCUGCUGAGAUCGUGUCGGUCAGUGUUAGCGAGGAAGUUAAUCUACCUUGUCAGGCGUUUGGCCGUCCGUUAGUUAUAAAAUGGUUGAAUAAGGAAGGAAAAGAGUUGGGGAAGAGUUUACGCCACGAGGUGACAGACAAUGAUACCUUGACUAUUCUAAGGACAACAACUUCGGAUUCUGGAAUCUAUUUGUGUAUGGUGUCUAAUCCAUUUGGAAAUACUACUAAAACAACACAACUUAUUGUUAAAACUGUUGCAGCUGUGAGAUCUGUAAAGGUUCGCGUAAGGAAACCCGUCUACCUCGAUUGCCAGCCUCCUGAUGGGUUGACACAAGCUACUGAUGUUACUUGGUGGAGCGGAGCUACGAUGAUUCCAGAGCAAUCAGAAACGUUCUCUGUAUUAGAAAACGGAACUCUGAUAAUUAAGGCAGCCGACUACUUUCUUGGAGGUUCGUACUCGUGUUCAGUGGGAGAAACGACUACCGGGCACAGCGCAAUUUAUCUUCUGAGCGUCUUGGAGCCACCGGCUAUUCUUGAUUAUGGAUUUCACACAAUUACAGCCGCUGAAGGAGAGGAACUGCUCAUUGCUUGUACUGCUACAGGAUUUCCUCCUCCAAGUUACGGUUGGUCCAUAAAUUCCAUCCCACUGUCAGAAAUCGGUCGAGGACGAAUCUCUGUAACCACAUCUGGUUCUCUCUUCUUUGGGGCUGUCUAUAGGAGUGACGAGGGCAGCUACAUAUGCACUGCUACCAACACGCUAGGAUCCGACAGUCAAUCAUUCAGUGUUAUUGUAGAAGGUCCUCCGUACUUUGAUGUCAAAAACGGUCUGACAAGAAGAUCAGUGCGAGGAGUAUUGGGAUCUGCUCUCACUUUGACAUGUCCCAUUCACGGUUUCCCGUUUCCGGUCUUUGUCUGGUUUUCUGAACGCAGGCAAAUAGCGCCGUCCGAGCGCCUUUCUAAUGGCCUAAGUGGGUCUUUAGAUAUUAGAAAGCUAGAGGAGACAGACGAGGGAUCUUAUAGUUGCAAAGCCGUCAACACAUAUGGACAGAAAGAAUUCAAAUUCGAACUUGUAGUUGAAAUUCCACCGAAAGCUUCCAAUAAGCAUCUGGAAGUGCGAGGCGUGGAAGGCCAGCCAUUGACUCUCGAAUGCAAUGUGUUGGCGGUUCCGGUACCCGAGGUCAAGUGGUCAAAGGUUAAGAAGCAGGGCAAGAAUCCUCUCUUAGCUACCAAUGAAACUCUUCUUAUAAGCUCGUUGCAAGUUGAUGACGGUGGCGAUUAUAAGUGCAAGGCCAGCAACUAUCUUGGAUCGGUAACAGUAAACGUUCAUGUUGUCGUCGCAGUUCCUCCGCACAUUGAGCCCUUGCCACGCAAUAUCGCAGACAUAGCCAUUCCUAUUGGAUCCACUUUGACAAUUCCGUGCGUAGCUUCAGGCUUUCCUUUACCGGAAGUCGAGUGGACGGUAAGAAGCAAGAAGGUAAAGUUUGAAGUCAUAGAUGGGGAGAUGAACGUAGUAGACUUUACCCAAGCGGACGUUGGAGAUUAUACGUGCGUUGCUGAGAAUGAAGCUGGACGGUCUCGACGUCAUCUUCAAAUGAACAUAGACGAGUCAGCGCAAUUCGCCUCGUGGAAUCAGUGGUCUGCCUGUACUAGAAUAUGCAAUGGAGGAGUUCAAGUUCGCAGAAAACUACAACAAUGCUUGUCACCCGACCAGGCUUGUCCUGAUCUGAAAGAGAUACGGUCAUGCAGUGACCAAAUUCCGUGUCCCGUUGAUGGCCAGUGGAGUAACUGGAGCCUGACUGGCUGUUCAGAGACUUGUGGCGGAGGCUUUCGUUGGAUAUAUAGAGAAUGUAAUAAUCCACCUCCUAAUGAUGCAGGACGUUCGUGUGUGGGACAAAGCAGGAAACUGGAGUUAUGCAACACCGGAUGCUGCCCAGUGAACGGAGAAUGGAGUGAUUGGAGUUCUUGGUCAAGAUGCAGUAAAUCUUGUGGUCGUCCUUUCGGCACGCGUUCACGCACAAGAAAGUGUGACAAUCCACCACCGGAGUGCGGCGGCCGUACCUGCAGCGGCCACAACGACGACAACCAGCCGUGCAACAGAAUUGAAUGUGCCGUUAGUGGCGAUUGGAGUCCCUGGAAUCUGUGGUCACCAUGUACACGAAGCUGCACCGGAGGAUUGAAGACUAGAAUACGAAUUUGCAACAAUCCAAGGCCUCAAUAUGGAGGAAAAAGUUGUUCUGGUUAUGCACAUCAGGCAUCAGUCUGCAAUGCACAAGCAUGUCCAGCGAACGGUGAGUGGUCGUACUGGCAAACGUGGAGUCCUUGUUCGCGUUCGUGUCGUCCUGGAGGGCAACGAAAUAGAAGGCGCUCUUGUUCGAACCCGAAGCCUCAACAUGGAGGACGAACCUGUUCCGGAUUCGAUGUCGAUCGUCGCGAUUGCAAUAGCCAAAGUUGUCCCUUAAAUGGAGGUUGGACUGCGUGGUCGACUUGGCAGCUUUGCUCUCAUUCAUGCGGUGGUGGCCAAACAUUGAGAGUGAGGAGCUGUACAAAUCCAAGACCUGAUUUUGGAGGGCAACGAUGUUCUGGAGAGAACAGUCAGUACACAACGUGUAACAAAUUUCCAUGUCCAGUGGACGGUAAAUGGAGUAUUUGGAGUGAGUGGAUGCCGUUUUGCAGCCCAGACAAAUGCCAAGGAUCUAAUCAGCAGCGUCGAAGAAAAUGCGAUUCACCGCCACCUGCAGAUGAUGGACGAACAUGUCCCGGACAUGACACCGACACGAGACCUUGUGGUGGUCUCUUGUGUCCAGUAAACGGUGGUUGGGGAGAAUGGAGUAGCUAUACACAAUGCACAAAGACUUGCGGUGGAGGUCAAAGAACGAGAUACAGACGCUGCGAUAAUCCGAGGCCUUUGAACAAUGGUCUCUAUUGCAUUGGGUCUGACUUCGAGACAAGCAAUUGUAACACACAAUGUUGUGCUGUUCAUGGCGGAUGGUCGGAAUGGACCUCUUGGACAAAUUGUGACUUGGCCUGUAGAAGUUCUGAUUCUCAGCGAGGGUUGCAAAACAGACAACGAUCGUGCUCGAACCCUCGUCCACAAUGUGAAGGAAUGCAAUGUCCAGGUAGCAACGUCGAACGACGUCAAUGCUCCCCACCAAGAUGCCGCAUUAACGGUGGCUGGAGUAGCUGGGCGUUUUGGUCGGCUUGUUCAGUAACUUGUAAGGGCGGCACUCGCUCUCGCAGUCGACUUUGUACUAACCCAAGACCUCAGUUCGGAGGUAUAAAUUGCCCAGGAAAUAGCAGACAAGACGAGAGAUGCAAUGAAGUUUGCUGUCCAGCUGCUGGCGUCUGGAGCGCUUGGAACGCCUGGUCUACUUGCUCAGUGACAUGCGCUCAAGGAAUACGCAAAAGACAAAGAGCAUGCAACAGUCCGGCACCGUCAUGUGGCGGCAAAUCGUGCGACGGAUUUUCAGAAUUGACGGAGUCGUGCAACGAAAGAUGUUGUCCUAUCGCUGGCGGUUGGGGAAGUUGGUCGUCGUGGUCACCUUGUCAGGCCUCAUGCGGUCGAACCAUCCGAAUCAGAAAUCGUUUGUGUAACAAUCCACCUCCGGGGUGUGGUGGGAGCUUUUGCGGUGGAUCUACUCAAGACCAGUCGUCCUGCUGCAAUGGAAAUUGCUACGCACAAGCUUCUAAGUCCGAGUUCUACACUUACUAUGCUCAGUCUGUCUUUAUGGUUCGAUACGAAACAAAAUGUGGAUGGUUGAAUUUGAGUCGGUGCACAAAAUAUAGGCACGGCUAUCGCAGCAGCGUCCGACGGGCAUACCGCACCGGUUACUUCACUUUAACUACGUCUACUUGCUAGUUGUCAUUUAGCUAUGCAGCUGCUGAUUUACCAGCAGUGCAUGGCAUGCAGGAAUAGAAUAGAAUAGACUGAGCAAUGGAUUCUUCCACAAACUCCAGGUAGCAUUCUGUGCUGUAUUGUGCUUAAGUAGAAUUUGCUUUAAAUGCUAGAAAUGUAAAAAUGCUAGACUUCUCAUUUCAAUUAGCAGUACCUUAU